GCCUUAGAGUUGCUGGGUUUGAGGGCCUGGGCGAUGAGCUGCUCAGCCGCCGGGACCCGCGUGGUGCAGAAAGCGUUGGAGGUCGCCGAGGCUGGCAUCGAAACGAGGUUAACUCAACUGCGGGAGCGGCUGAAACAGAGGGCAAAGAACACAGAAUUUGUUGCAAGCAAGCGUGCAAAGAUUUCACCUCCAGAGGAGAUGGAUGUUGAGAAUUUGGUUUCACAGGAUCAAUGCUUCAUGGAACUCUUUGCCGGUGAGGCUGGACUCACCCAGGCUGUCAGGAGAGAAGAGAUGUCAGUCUUUGAGCCUGGCGAGAUUCGGGUUGGUGGACGCAUUGCAACAGGUACAGAUCUUUUGUGCAAUACCACGUUCAAACAACUCAAAUCAGCGAUUAAGCAGAAGAAGGUACGCUGGCUUCACACGGCACCACCUUGCAAGACCUUUUCCCGGGCACGGAGGAGGGACCAAUAUGCCAAGGCUAGACAGUUGAGGUCAGCGCAACGCCCAGAGGGCCUGGAACCAAAGACCUGGCGGGUGAAGGAGGCCAAUGUCUUGGCGUCAAGGGCCGCACAGCUAUCCCUGCUACAGUGGAAGGUCGGAGGUUGGUUUUCGUUGGAGAAUCCGGAGAACUCUUACAUUUGGCUCUAUGGGCCGGUCAAGCGUUUGCUGCAACUGGAAGGGGUCAAACUGUUCAAAGGAGAUCAGUGCGCCUAUAUGGGCGAGUUUGUCAAGCCCACUGGAUGGUUGAGCAAUGCGCCAUUCAUGAGGAUCGUCGAGAAAAGGUGCCCUGGAAAGCCGACACAUGUCCAUGAACCUUUAAUUGGAUUCACAGUUGACUUCUAUGGCAACAAAGUUUUCAAGACGUCUUUGGCAGCAGAAUAUCCUCAGGGGCUUUGCAUCGAGCUGGCGAAGGCCUACGUCCGUGAGCUGAAGGUGACACAGAGGAGGCCUGACAGCUGGGAGUUGAGGAUAGAAGAAGACGCCAGAGUCAAGGACCCAUUUUCGAGGAGGGCAAGGAUCGAACAGGAGAAUGAGUCCUGCAUCGGUGGUCUGAGAAAUCCGUGGCAUUCAAUGCAGCUGUUGCCAAAGUGGCGAGAGGUGGGCAGCAUGGUUUGGAGGAUCCUUCAGGCCAGUCUUGGACAGUUGAGCGAACUCAGAAACCCGGUGGCCUGGGUUGGAGAGGCGCAUGAGGUACAACCCGACCGGGAGUUGGCCUGGCUGAGACAGAAGGUGGGCCACAUCUUGGGCUGUGAGCCCCAUGAGCAUGGGCUCUGGGGAUCACUACUCGAGAAGUUGGUGCUCCUGAGUGAAGAUCCGGACAGCGAGGCAGCGAGCUGGCCGAGGAAAGGCACACCUGUUGGCAUAGUCAACGAAAUUCCGGAAGGGGGCAUCUUCCCGAAGUUAGACGAAGACCUCACUUGGCAGGAAGGAGAUCGACUAGACUCGCUGGCAGAACUGGAUGGUGCGUUGAGCAACUACAAGUCCUAUGAGGAAGAGCUUGAAGCUGCAGAUGCAUUGUUUCAGAAGGAGGUCGACAAGGGCUUUGUAUACUGGUCUAUGGACCGAACAGAGCUUGAGAAGAAGUUUGGCGCAUUGGUGCCUUCAGCCAUCGGAUACAUCUCCAAGGUCAAGCUGGAUGGAACGGUCAAAGGCCGGCUGGUGCAUGACCUUAGACGAAGUCAAGUGAAUGAACACAUCACCUUGAAAGAGAGGCUGGUGUUACCCAGAUUGAAAGACGCUUUGGAGGACACGCUGCAACUCCUGGAGACAAAGACACCCAACGAGCGUGUGCUGUACAUGAGCCUAGACUUUUCAGAUGCUUUCAAGCACUUGGCAGUGAGAGAGAACGAAUACAGAUACCUCUCAGGCAGAGCACUGGGCGGAUUCUUCGUGUACAAAACUGUCUUGUUCGGUAUAAAGACCGGGCCCCUGGUCUGGGGGAGGAUGGCAGCAUUGAUAGCAAGGUCCACCCAAUCGUUAUUUCACAUCAGCAGAUGCCGACUACAAAUUUUCGUGGACGAUCCAUUGAUAGUGGCCAGGGGCACAGUGGAGCAGUUGAACAGCAUUUUCAAUGUGAUCUUGUUGUGGUGGCUCACCCUGGGUUUGAAAGUUGCUUGGACGAAAGGAGCUGUUGGCACAGAUGCUGAGUGGAUUGGCGCAAAGCUGACAGUCGACGACCAAGCAGGAUUUGUGCGAGUGUCAGUGACUUCAUCAAAGGUGGACGAAUGGAGAGUGCUCCUGCAACGGCUAAAUACCCAGCCGACAGUGGGGAGGAAGGCCCUCCAGCAGUUCACUGGCAAGAUGUCCUGGGCAGCAGGGUUCAUACCGCAAUUGAAACCCUUUGUACGAAUGCUUUAUGCAGCCAUGGUGUUUACACUUCAUUGGACUGAGAUGGACGAAAAGAAGACGGGCGCCAUGAUUGGAAGUCCGGGGUCCCAAGCACUGUGGGAGGCCUACAUGAUGCUCAGAUGCCUUUGGGCCUGGGUGCAACCAGGCCACAACAUCGCCGAGUCAGGCAUCGACAGUGCAGAGGCCAAGUGGCCGGGGCUACAAAUGCGCCCCAAGGAGCCUGAUCACCCGCCACCAUGGGUGAAGACGGAUAAACCUCGACGGUCUGGUUCCUUAGGGCAUCAACUCACGUGCCUCGUGUGUGCCGCACACGUGGAGGUUCUAUCAGCUGUCAGCUGUCCACAUUGUGACGAAGGACCAUACCAUGAUGGUUGCCACACGGAGCACAUUUGCCCCAAACUCCCUCCCACCCGUGUACUGGGGGGGGAUGACAUGGUGGAACAAGAGCCGGAAGAAAGUGAGGCAGUCCCACAAGACCCGGGGCGAGACACAGAGAGUUCAUGGCAAAUGGUGAAAUCGGAGGAGGAGAAGGAGGAGUCAGACAAUUCAGAUCCUGAGGAGCCACAAAGGAAAUUGCCAAAGCUUUACAGUGGAGACAAUGUUGAAGCCCUGAUGAGGGCGGGUCUCCCCAGGGUCAAGCCCGGAAAGGAGGACGAACCUGAAGGGAAGAAAGAUGCCUGGGCCGCAUGGGACCAGGACCCCUCAGCGAGCCAGAAGUCUUUAGUUGCUCAUCCUGCGCCAUCCACACCGGCGCCGGGAACACCCUUUCGAAGGACAGAACCACUGGUCAAGCCCUACGCCACAGGGAACCGGGCUCGAGCACAGGAGGUGGCGGAGGACCCAGAGGAGUUCAGAAAGGCAAUGGAGGAGUUUCAGAAUGAUAAGUUUGCAGCGUCAAAUCAGGCUUCACAUGGUGCACGAGUCCAAUGGUGGGCCCACCGGGCGGCUAGCCUGGACGUGGAUCCGUUCCCCCUCACAGUCACCACGAUUGACAUGGCAGGGGCUCUGUUGAAAGCAGGGCAGUACAGGUCAGCAGCCCAAUACUUUGCCGCUCUGAAAAGGGAAUACAUCUUGAAGAGCUUUCCUUGGGGAGACGACCUCAACUUGGCGGUGAGAGACGCCAUCAGAUCGUGCGUAAGGGGCAUUGGGGCUGACAAGCAAUGCCCGGCUCUGGAUCUGAGGAAGUUGGAGCACGUUAGGGAGAUUGAAGCCGUGGACGGAGGCCCAGCCAGGACGGUGGACACAGUCAUCCUCUUCUCGCUCUUCGCCUGUCGUGAAAUGGAGGCAGCACUCAGGAAGGUGAAGCAUGUCCAGAUUGACGAAUCGAGCAGAGGUUGUGGUGUCGUGUCAGUCUUCCUUCCAGCCUCGAAGACAGAUUCAAAAGGUGAAGGGGUGCUGAGAAAGCAAGGGUGCAUCUGUGAGGCACACCCGAACUUGUGCCCGGUGGCGGCGGCAAAGAGGUUUCUUCAGUCAGCGAUGGAGAACGGACACAUGGAGGAGGACCCCUUGAUCGUGACCAACCAGCCCAAGAAGACUCCCACGAAACAAGGAAUGGUGAAAGCCUUUAGAAGGGUGGCCGUGGCCCUAGGGCUUUCGGAAGAGGAGGCUCAAGAGAUCACGGGUCACAUGCUCCGGCCGAUGGGAGCUCAAUUCAUGGCCAGGAAGGGGGUAGAAUUCUACAAGAUUCAGCUCUUUUGUCGCUGGGGCAGCGAUGCAGUCUUGAAGUACCUGCGAGAAGUCCCCCUGGAAGGUUCGGAGCAAUGGCUGGCGGCCUCUCUGUCCAUCGGGGAGAUCUUGACCCACUCAGCCAAGGCAUUGGAGAUGCCGGAUGGGCACCCGAAGGCGACGAAGAUGGUGAGGGCAAUUGAGAACGCCCUGGAGACCCAAAGCACCCAGGUGCUACAAGAAGCCAACCAGACCAAGCAGGAGAUUGACAAGAUCCUUGAGGAAUUGAGGACAAAGUCCCUAGCUAUGAAUGAGAAGUGGACGGAAGAGCUAUCGAGAAAGUUUUUGCCGAAAUUCCUUUUGAAUACCCACAGCAAAACGCUCCAUGCUGUGAAGGAUGCAUUCACCACUGGUUGUGGCUUUGAGUACAGAUAUUCUAAGGAUUUCAAGUUUACCCAGGAACCACCGAACCCUGAAUCCGAGAAGUUUCACAUGUGCGAGAAGGCCGGAUGCAUUAAGCUUUUCGAAGCUGUGGCCAAGGCGCUGUGA